AAAAAAAAAAAAAAAGAAAGGUAUAAAGAGCGCUAAGUCUCCCAAACAACGUUCAGAUAUACAACAACAAUGGCGUCGGCAGAUCUAGCACAACCAUCACCACCACCACGAUCACACACCGACGUAUUCGGCGACCCAUUCGAGGAUUCAAGUCCACUCUGGUUCAAAAAAGACCUCUUUCUCUCUCCUAAAUUCGACUCCGAAACUUACAUCUCCGAUCUCCGCACAUUCGUACCAUUCGACACUCUUCGAUCGCAGCUCCACUCGCAUCUAUCUUCUCUGAAACACCAGCUCGUUGAUCUCAUCAACAGAGAUUACAAUGACUUCGUUAAUCUCAGCACUAAUCUCGUCGAUGUCGAUUCUUCUGUUGCGCGAAUGCGCGCGCCGUUGUCUGAUCUUCGGGAGAAGAUCUCCGCGUUUAGGGAUUGUGUUCAAGACUCGCUUGUUUCUCUUCAGAAUGGCUUGAAUCAGAGAGCUCAGGCUGCUAAUGCUAGAGAAGUCUUGGAAUUGUUGCUCGACACUUUUCAUGUCGUUUCUAAGGUUGAGAAGUUAAUAAAGGAGCUACCUAGUGUUCCUGCUGAUUGGUCAAAUGGCGACGUGAAUUCAUCAGAGAAGAGUCAUUUAAGCAACGGACUAUCUCUGCAACAAUCUGAGAAUGAAUCAAAUGUAAGAGAGACUCAGAGCAUGCUUCUGGAGAGAAUUUCCAGUGAAAUGAACAGGUUGAAGUUCUAUAUGGCUCACGCAAAGGACCUACCUUUUAUUCAGAACAUUGAGAAGAGAUUCCAAAGUGCUAGCCUUUUGUUAGAUUCGAGCUUGGGGCACUGUUUUGUAGAUGGUCUAGAGCACCGAGAUGAAAAUGCCAUAUACAAUUGCUUGCGUGCUUAUGCUGCGAUUGACAAUACUAGAAACGCUGAAGAAAUUUUUUGUACAACCGUUGUUGCCCCCCUAAUAGAGAAGAUUAUUCCUCAUGCUUCGUCAGGGUUGAUCAGUGUGGCUUCUGAGGAUGAACUUGAGGCUGAUUUUCGAGAAAUGAAACAGUGUAUUGAGAAAGACUGUACAUUCUUGCUGAGAAUUUCCUCGAGAGAGAAUUCAGGAUUUCAUGUAUUCAACUUUUUGGCGAAUUCAAUCCUCAAAGAGGUUCUUUCAGCAAUUCAGAAAGGAAAGCCUGGGGCUUUCUCACCUGGAAGGCCUAAGGAAUUCUUGAAAAAUUAUAGAUCAAGUUUGGACUUUCUGUCUCAUCUGGAAGGCUACUGCACGUCCAGAUCUGCCGUUUCUAAAUUGAGAGCAGAACCCGUCUAUGUUGAUUUCAUGAAGCAAUGGAAUCUUGGGGUUUAUUUCUCAUUGAGGUUUCAAGAAAUAGCAGGGGCAUUGGAUUCUGCACUUCUGGCUCCCGGCCUGGUGGGCCAAAAUUCACGUCAUGUGGAUGGAAAUUUACCAGCUUUGACUUUGAAACAAAGCAUUGUUCUCUUGGAGAGUUUAAGGUCCUGUUGGAGUGAAGAUGUGCUUGUCCUGUCUGGCUCUGAUAAGUUUCUGCGUCUGUCUCUGCAGCUUCUUUCAAGGUAUUCCAGUUGGUUGUCAUACGGACUUAAUGCUCGGAAAUCGGGUCAUACAGAUGCGAAACCUGGAUCUGAGUGGGCCAUCUCUGCUGCACCUGAAGAUUUAAUUUAUGUUAUUCAUGAUGUAAAGCUCCUUGUGAAUGAGGUUUGUGGUGACUACGUUGGACAUGUUAUGGAGGUUCUUUCUUCCUUUCCCAAAGAAGUGCUGGAUAAUGUCAAACAAAGCGUAUUGCAAAGUGGGGAGUCUUUGGAGAGGACGACCCUUCCAGUGAUUAAAACAUCAAUAAUAGAUGCGCUGGUUCAGAAGUCUGUGGAGGACCUCAAACAGCUGAAGGGCAUUUCAGCGACAUACAGGAUGACCAACAAACCUCUACCAGUGCGGCAUUGUCCUUAUGUUUCAGCAAUUCUUCAUCCUCUCAAGGCUUUCUUGGAGGGGGAGACAGCAAUAUAUUUGGAUGAUGCAACAAAAAAAGAACUCCUGCGAGGUACUGCAUUAGAGAUCACCAAGAGUUAUAAUGCAAUGGCAUCUGAACUAGUUAAUGUGGCAAGAAAAACAGAAAGUUCAUUGCAGCGAAUACGUCAAGGUGCACAGAGGCGAGCUGGAGCAAGCUCUGAUGUGUCAGAUCAUAAUGUAUCUAAUACAGAUAAAAUUUGCAUGCAAUUGUUCCUUGAUAUACAGGAGUAUGGACGUAACCUGGCUGCCCUUGGAGUUGAUGCUGCUGAGUUUGAAGAUUAUCGAUCAUUGUGGCAGUGUGUGGCGCCUGCAGAUAAGCAAAGCACAAUAGUCUUUUAGUCUCAUGUUUAGACAUUACAGAGAAAAAAUAUGUUCCUCUCAACCUCAGGUCUCUUGGUUGUAGCAAUCUCCUGUAGUUAAUUUUUUCCUCAUGUGAUUUUUUAUUUUAUAAAUGGAAUUCACCUUGUAAUUCUAUAUGGUGUUUAUAUAAAGCUGUGGUGGGAUUAUUUUUUGUUUA